AUGCGACGAAAGGCUGUUGAUAUUACUGCAAAACGAACCAUUAUUCUUUUGCGUGCCAGUGUAAUGUCACAACAUGAGAUUUCUCGAAAACUGAACAUCUCUCGGAAUUGCAUUUAUCAAACUAUUAACAACUUCAAUAAACUUCACACAGUCGCUACGAAACCUGGAGCUGGACGUCGUUCAAAGUUAACAGAUCGUAAUUUCGAAAUAUUGAAUCGAAAGAAUCGGAUUUAUAUACGUCGAUUUCGAAAUGACUUAAAACGAUUUGAACGGUCUCAACCGUGGGUGCACAAAGGUGGUGGUGUUGGUACAUGGUCUUAUCUAACAUGUCAUGGUCUAGGGUCGAUUGUAUUCUAUGAUGGGUCGCUAAAUUCCGAUAAAUAUAUUGAUAUACUCGACCAGCAUUUAUCAACAGCAUAUGAAAAAUUCUUGCCACAAUCGCCUCGUAAAAUUUUGCUGCAGCAAGAUAAUGCUCGUCCUCAUGUAUCAAUCAAGACUCGAAAAUAUUUCAAGGAAAAAAAGAUUAAUCCCAUUCCAUGGCCAGCAAAUAGUGCAGACUUAAAUUUAAUAGAGAAAAUUUGA